AUGGAAGAACCGACCUACGACCCAAGCCGCCCCCUCGCAACCACCACCCUCGUCUACCAAUACAAACUAGUCAAUUGCCCCGGCAAGACCAUCGUUGGCCUGCUGGUCGAAUACCCCCCCAACGGCGCCACGCCACCUCACCGACACGGCGGCGCGUCCGUGUCAGCCUACGUGAUCAGGGGCGCCGUGCUGUGCAAGAUGAACGACGACCCGAUGCGGACGAUCGAGCAGGGCGGGUCGUGGUACGAGGCGCCUGGGUGUCAUCAUCGGAUCAGCGCCAACGCCAGCGCGACGGAGCCGGCGGCGUUCUUUGUGAGCUUUGUGCUGGAAACGGAGUUGUUGGAGCGGGAGGGGCCGGGGGUGCUGGUGCAGAUUGAUGAGGAGUAUAGGGAGGUUUUUGCGAGGAAGAUGACGGAGGCAGCUCAUCCUUCAUACUUGCUUUUCAAUCUACAAUCUCGGAGUUCACACUCAGUGCUCAAUACAAAGAAAAUUACCCUCAACCAUUCUGUUACCCCUCAACUCUACACCACGCCCAAGCCCACCACGGAAGCGGACACCCACCGGGCAACCUUCCGACCCAUCGCCGCGCCGCCGCGCCGCCGCGAUUCCCUCCGCCCCGUCCCCUCCAUACCUAACUUAUCAACCUCCCAACUUGAAAAGCCCCUCCAAUCCAGCGACACCCAACACAACACAAGACCACCACCUCAAACCGAAGAAUAA